AUUCUUGCAGGUUGUUUCACCAUUGACUCCGUGUCAUCACUUUUUCUCUAGGUCACUUGACAAAGCCUGAGUCAUUCAGAACUGUUAAGAACUUAGAAGCCCAGGAAUUAUGAACACCUUUUUGAAAGCUGUGACCUUUCUGAGUGCCGUCAUCGCAGUGGCACAUGGGGUCACCUGCCGUCAGUGUCCAGUAGGUGUGUUGGGGAUAUGCCUGUUUGGUAGCGACAUCACAUGUGAUAAUGCGACUGGGAGCUGUUAUAGUGGAGAAGCACAGUUCAAUGCCACCGGGUCGCUCACCCUGCACACCCGCGGCUGCCUGGACUCAGACCUGUGUGGGAAGACACUGACCGGCACCAUCCUUGGUGCUGGUUACACCAGCAGUUUCCAGUGUUGUACCACAACUCUGUGUAAUGGAGCCUCCUCUGUCCAGCUCUCUCUGACCCUGGCCCUGUGUGGCGUCCUCCUGUCCUCUCUCUGGGGCACCUGGAACUUCUAGUUUUGCACAAUCCAACCCCUGUGUCUACUGUUGUUGAUUUUGACUGUUUGUAUUAAUCAUUUCAAUUAAAUCCAAGAAUCAUCAUUAAAAAAUAUUACGACCUC